AUGCCGCUGUAUCUUACUGCGGCCCACUCAUCACGCAUCACUAAACCGGCCCAGAGAUCCGUCUCAUCUGCUCGUCGGCACUCCUCGUCGCCUUUCGCGAACGCUCCGCGUACCAAAGCAUCAUCACAAAGGUCCAAAUCCGUGUCUGAUGCUUUCAACAAACUUGAAGACGUAGACGAGGAAGACGAUGAGGCUGAGGAGCGCCUUGUGCCUAGUGGCAAGAUCUUGACCACCAUCUCCGUGGACUCGGCGCAAGAUGUGUUGUCUGCUGUGCAACACACGCGCAUGUCCAUGUUCGCCGCUAUCCCAGACCGGGCAGGUAUGAACAGUGUACGGAUAUCCGAGGUCCUCAAUUUUCAAAGGAACAUGCCCUCGGUGGUGACACUGGCACAUGUCCACGCCUUGAUUGCUGCUUCAUCCAAGACGGAGCGGCAGAUUGCUGCCUUGCAAUCGGCCGGUAAGCUGCGCAAGAUCAAGGUCACCGGCCGCGGUAACGAUAUCAGUGGCACGGGCGAGGUUCUGAUCCUUAUGAAUGACUUGCAAACCCUCCUUGAACGAAGCCACGUCGCGCCAGACGUCGUGACUGACUUUUGCAAUGUGCUUCGUCGUCAGCCUCGUGCAACCUUCAUAUCGCCCCGGGAUCUUCCUCCCUCCCAUGUGACCGCUUUAACUCGAGCAGGCUUUCUCGUCUCUUCAAGUCUUUCCGGCUCCCGCAGUCUGUCUCUUGCAGGUUCAUCCCUGGUUUCCACAACCAAAAUCUCCCGUGCCGCUUCAGGUACGUCCGAUGCCGUUGGCGGAGAUGCAGCAUUCGAGAAUCUAGGCGGUGUCGGGACUGCGAAGCGGCGCCAGUCUAGUCUUCACUUCAGUCAGACCUUUCAAGGAAGCGACUUGGCUCUUUCUGUGCCGAACAUCGGUCCUUACCUCAGGCUUUUGAGCGCUGGUCGUGCACAUCUGCUGGAACUCUUGGGCAAAUCAAAAUACAGGGAAGGACCUCUAUAUCUCCUCCGAGAACGGUGGGACGGCGCAGUUGACUCCGACAAUCGCGCUUCUGUCGCCAAACGCAUCCGGGGAGAGUUUUCCGGGGUUAUGCCAGCUAAAACCAAGAAAUGGAGAGACCUCUACGGUCUGAAUUUCGAUUGGGUCGUUGAAGAAUGUCUGGGUGCCGGCUUGAUAGAGUUGUUUGAGACUCGAAGCGUGGGGCUGGGUAUUCGUGCGUUGACAUGA